AUGCGUCUUUCGAUAUCCUGUGAUGCCUGCCGACAAUCGAAGGUCAAGUGUGUCCAUGACGGUCAACCGCCAUGCCGGCGAUGUCAACGCAUCAAUCGCCAACCCUGCGUACUCACAGAUCCACGGUCGUCCCCAUUGCGCCCAAGACGAGGUUCAUUGCGUGUCCAAUCCAAGGCAAGGCGGUCGUCCAAGUCCGCAACGGCCACCUGCCCCGUGAAUGCAAACAAUGAGCGGCAAUGGUGCGCUGCCGCCACGACUUCCAAUCCAAUUGCCUCAAUUCCCUCUCCGGUGCUCAUCAACGCCUGUGACAUCUACCGCAAAAAGUUCCCCGUUGCCAACUUUCUUCAUUAUCCGUCGCUGAUUGCAGAAAUCUCCGCGAGCCCUUCGUCGGUGGACCCGGUAUUCGUGGCGGCAUUGCUCUCUCUGUGUACACGGUUCCUGCCGGAGCAUCAACUGCAGGCUGGAGAGACGUACGCCGACUAUGCACGGACACAGCUGGCUCAUCGUGCUUUUGAAGGCCCUUCUCUCUAUUUGGCACAGUCCUUAGUGAUAAUUUCAUUAUAUGAAUGGGGCUCGGGCCGCCCGUAUAAGGCGUGGAUGUAUAGCGGAAUGGCUACAUACAUGAUCCAGUCCCUUCUGAAGACGGCAGAUGAUAGUAUGGAACACAAUCCCGAUGAGUUUCAUGCCUCCCAGGUUCAGUACGAGCAGCUGGUCCGCACGUACUGGUGCUGCUUUGCCCAAGACUGCGAGUUGAGUUCUGGCGCUCGUCAGCAUUUCGCCCUGUCAUUUCGCCAGAUUUCAGUACCUCUACCUAUCGGUGACCAUGAUUUUAACUUCGGCCGUCGAGCUUCUCGUCGAUUGAUGCCCGCUGAUCUCACUCGGGAUUCCCCGCUCUCCGCUGCCAUGACUAUUGACCACGGCUUGACCAUCGUCACCCGCGGAUUUGAUAUAUUUGUGCGAAUUUUGCGAUUUGCGAACGAAAGUCGUCGUGGUCAGACAUCGUCAUCGUUCAGUGGUUCGCCGUCCCCGCAGAAAACGUGGGAAAAUCUGAAGGAUGAGUUGGAUGAAUGGCGCUCGCUGCAGGAUGUGACGGUCCGUUUCCCGGCUACUAGUGCCCAAGCACAUGUGGCUCUAGGGUAUGGGGAGCUUUUUGCCUACAUCAAUUUGGUCUAUUUCAUGAGCAUCCUUUUCCUUCAUCGCGAUCGUGUGUUGUCGAGCUUAAAGCUUAUGCAUGAUCCCCACCACGACCACCGGGUUGCCACGAAUUUUGAAGAGUCCGCUUGGUGUGAAGCUGCCAUUGAACAGCUGUUCGAAGCGGCACAGAAUAUUGGCGGUAUUUUAUCGGCCUUGGAAGCUUCAGGUGCAUCGGUAAUUACUCCUUAUGCCGGCUUCAGUGUUUUCGUCGCGGCCCAUAUCAAUAUGUACGGCACUGUGUCUCCCCGAGGUUACCCAGGGGGUCAAGAACGCGCCGAACGGGAGAAAAGAGGUAAUCUCGCAUAUCUCGAACGGCUGUGCGAGUACUGGCCGGUUGGUCAUAGCUGGUGGCGUACCGUGCAAGAGGCCUGCAAAUUCUAUGAAACUGCCAAAAGUAACCAGGAGAACGCAGCCGCCGGCGACCGUCCGGGCCAUCUCACCCUCGCGAGUACGCUUGAUGAAUAUGGAGAUAUCCGCUGUUCGCGGCCGCGUCAUGACGUAUCUGUAACUCGCAGGCGAGAGAUCCCAGGAAGGGAUGCAGCGAUCCCCCAGAAUCAUGGACCAACGAAUUGCCCGGCCCAUUCGAGCAUAACGUUCAGUGACCAGAUCAUAUUGGACCCACAUGAACUCGAGACGGAAAUGAUGCAAUGGCCCUUUAUUGAUGAAACAUGGUCGUCUGGAUUUGAUACUGGAUUUGACGCUGCGUGGCCGAAUCCGGCCUAA